UUGACUGGUCAGUCGUGCACAAGUGGCGCUCUGUGUCAAUGUGCUGGCUUUGACGACAGGAAGAGACUGUAACGGUAGCAUUGUGAGCUUGAGCGCUUAUGGGGAAGCUGAGCAGUCCGAGUUUACAGAACUGGGGACAGAUGUUAUUUCAUAGCCUACGAUAAUUAGUGCUGGACACUUGGCGAACACUUGACAGCGACAUACCAUGUUUCGGAAAAAGAAGGAUUUAUCCAAGACCCCCUCAUUGUCUAAGAAGGGUAACGUAGGAAACUCCGGACCUCACAGUCCUUCAGAGCAGGGAAAUAAAGAUGGGGUGGAUGCCCCACCUGUGGCAGGUGCUCAGGACCCCAUGGUUUCCAUGUCAUGCCCAGGCACCCCAUCAAUCCUCCACAGCAAGCUGGUGAACUGCCCAUCUCCAGUGGCCACUCUGAGGCGGCCCACUGCCUUGAGCAGACAUGCCAGUGCUGUGGGGUUCCCCAUGCAGACGGCCGGUGCCUGGGGCUUCAGUAAAGGACACGGGCGAGGGGUGGCCCAGAGCCCCACUGCAGAGGCCUCGGAGGGAGCUGCCAUUGAUGUCGAGGACAUUCCCCCUUUGCUGAGAGACGUGGCACGCUUCGCUGAGGCUGUGGAGAAGCUGAAGGAUGUGGUGCUGGGGGAAGAUAAGGACGAAUCAAGACGCGAUCUAGCAAAUGAGUGCCUUGGUGAGGUGUUGCGUGUUCUCCGGCAGGUCAUCGGCACCUAUCCACUGCUCAACACUGUGGAGAUCCUUACAGCAGCUGGAACGCUCAUCUCCAAGGUCAAAGGAUUUCACUAUGAAGACAGUAAUGAAAUGGAGAAGAAGGACUUUGAGAAGGCCAUUGAGACCAUCGCUGUUGCCUUCAGCAGCAAUGUAUCUGAGUUGCUGAUGGGGGAAGUGGACAGCAGCACCCUCCUCUCUCUACCUCCCACAGAAAAGAGCAGGUCAAUGGAGAACCUGUAUUCAUUUCCUGGCCAUGGAUCUGACAUGCAAAAAAAUGACCAGCAGGAGUGCUUCAGUGCAGAGCAAGUGGAUGUUCUGCUGCAGAGGAGCGAGGGGGGUGUCGACUCAGCCCUCUCCUAUGCCAAGAGUGUCACAAAGUACCUCAAGGAUGUCAUGAAUUAUGUGGAGAAGAGAAUCACACAUGAGGUGGACUUUGCCAGGAAGAUGCACAGUCUGUACCAGGCAUGCAGUGAUAGCCUCAAAAAACCCCACAUGCCCCUCUUCUCCAUCUAUUCUCUGGCUCUGGAGCAGGACCUGGAGCAAAGCAUGGUGGUCCAGCAGGCCACUGGCAACAUGUACACACAGAGCUUCUUACAGCCUUUGCUGCAGCGCAAGCAGGAACACGACAAGAAGCGCAGAGAGAUUAAAGAACAAUGGCAAAGGGCCAAGAGGAAGCUGGUUGAAGCUGAGAGCAACCUGCGCAAGGCCAAGCAUGGUUAUGUGGCGCGAUGUGAGGAGUAUGACAAGGCGCGCAGCGCGGCCAACAGGGUGGAGGAGGAGCAGAGUGGCUCAGCCACCAAAGCCCUCGACAAGAAGAGGCGGCUGGAGGAGGAAGCACGCAACAAGGCAGAGGAGGCUGAAGCCACGUACCGUACAUGCGUUGCUGAUGCCGUUACCCAUCAGCAAGGGUUGGAGCAUGUGAAGGUAACCGUUCUGCGGCAGAUUCAGGACCUGAUCAAACAGACGGACCAGACCUUACGUGCUUGCACAGCCUACUAUUAUCAGAUUAUGCACGUGCAGACCGCUGCAUUGCCAGUGCACUACCAGACCCUGUGUGAGAGCUGCAAGCUGUAUGACCCAGGACAGCAGUACGCAGCCCAUGUGAAGAACCUGUCUUUAAGCCAGGAGCCGCCCACCACCUAUACUUUUGAGCCUUACUCCGCAGGCAGCCAGAGUUCAACACGCAUUCGCAGCAACAGCAGCUCCGACAGCACCUCGGCUGCAGGGGACCUGGAGUCUGGAGAUAUGGUGAAGCAGAGAAGAGGUCGAGACCAGUCCCAUAAGUCGUGGCCUUCUACACUGAGUGACACAGACAGUGUGGGGGUAGGGAGUGUGCCGGGAUCCCCCACCACAAGCACAGGAGACAUUCCUAAAGCCCAACGGCCUAUUUCUGCUGGAACCCUUUCAUCCAGUGAAGAGCUUGAUGAGGGCGAUGGGAAUGUAUCUUCUUUUGAGCAACGCAUGAACGGGCUAGAACCAGAAAUUGCCGUCCCAACCGGCCCGUUUCGGAACGUGGGGCUGUCCAAGGCGGCAAAGACGCACCGGCUGCGCAAGCUGCGGACACCGUCCAAGUGCAGAGAGUGUGACAGCUAUGUGUACUUCCAGGGAGCGGAAUGUGAGGAGUGCUUCCUGGCGUGCCAUAAGAAGUGCCUGGAGUCCCUGGCCAUUCAGUGCGGACACAAGAAGCUGCAGGGGCGUCUGCAGCUGUUUGGCCGGGACUUCUCCAGUGUCCUCCAGGGCAGCUCAGACGGCAUCCCUUUCAUCAUCAAGAAGUGCAUCCAGGAGAUUGAGAAGAGAGCACUUAAGAUGAAGGGCAUCUAUCGUGUGAAUGGGGUGAAGACUCGCGUGGAGAAGCUUUGCCAGGCCUUUGAGAAUGGCAAGGACCUCGUAGAGCUCUCUCAAGCCUCCCCCCAUGACAUCAGCAAUGUGCUGAAGUUGUACCUCAGACAGCUGCCGGAGCCUAUUAUGCCGUUCCGCCUGUAUAACACCCUGAUGGGCCUGGCCAAGGAGAGCACGCAGCAGGGCGAGGGAGGAGAGGCUGGGAAGGGCCCAGAGAUGGUGGACCGGGGGCCGCAGACGGAGCCAGAGGUGGUGGCCCUGGUGGAGAAGCUUCAAGCGCUAAUGCUAGAGCUGCCUCCACCUAAUGUUGCCACGCUACGCUACAUCACUCGCCACCUGCGCAGGGUAACUGAGCUUGAACAGGAGAACAAGAUGAGCCCAAGUAACCUUGGAAUAGUCUUUGGCCCAACGUUGAUGCGGCCCAAACCCACCGGGGCAACUGUGUCUCUGUCCUCGCUGGUGGACUACCCACGCCAGGCACGCAUUGUAGAGGCCCUCAUUGUCUUUCACAAACAAAUCUUCACCCAGGAUGCCGGAGGCCUGCGACCACCUUGCUCACCCUCAUUCAUUCACAGCCAAACACAGGAUAUUGGAGACCCUCAACCUGACCAGUUGGAGGGAACAGAGGAACAGGGCAGAACUGACCCUGAACAAUGCUGUGGUGCCUCUCUGGGUUCAUCUGGCUCUCGGGAACGCUCGCUGGACUCAGACUCGGAGUUGGAAGACACAGCGAGAGUUCCGAGGCAGCGCCCCCCACUGGUCAGCCAGGAGAGCGAGACGAGCACCGAUGAUGACCAGCUGAGCCCUCGCGUGAGCAUGGACCUGUCGGGUGGUGUACCCGAGACCAUCCCUGAGCAGCCCCCUGAACACACAGAGACGGACUCUGCAGACACGGGGAGUGGGGAGCGGACCACAGAUGGCACACACACAGACAUGGUGGUGAGCAGGCCACAGACGGCAGAAGCAGAGCAGGAUUCUGCUGACUAGACAGUCUCAAUUUUCAGAUUCUUGUGGUUUUUUGUGUUUUUUUUUUUUUUCCAAAGAGGUGUAUCUAUAUAUAUAUCUAUAUAUAUGGAUUUGGUUCAAGAGAGCAAAACUAUUUUGCUCCUUUAUUUUUUUUAUUUUUCUACUUACGUGAGAAAAAACAUUUUACAAUACCACCAGAGACACUGGAAUACAUUUCAUAUUUGCUCAGGUUGUUCAGUUUAACAAUGCACUGCGGUGAAUCUUGGAAGACUUGAUGUUGUCCAAGAUGGAUGUUACCAAGACAAUAACUUCAACCCCAUGUUAGCACAUUGCAUACCAUAUACAAGUGGUGUGCACAGUUACUGUGUGUGUGUGUGUGUGUGUGUGUGUGUGUGUGUGUGUGUGUGUGUGUGUGUGUGUGUGUGUGUGUGUGUGUGUGUGUGUGUGCGUGUGUGUGUGCAUGUGUGUUUGUGUGUGUGUUGAAUGUGCCAUUUUGUGCCAUGCCUGCAAAACAGUUCAUUUUAAGACAUUGUUUAUUUUAGGGUGUCAUUGUUCUAUUAUGGGCUGGGCAAGGAGUUGAAGAAACUGUAUUUUGGGAAUCUUUAUCUGGGAAAUUUUAAAUUUUAUUUCUAUUUAAGAUGCUUUUGCAUCUGAGUGUAUGUGAACAGUUAAAAUUGCCACUUUGUCUAUAUCCAGAGGUCAGUGUGCGUUACUUUUCAGUUCAGUAUCAGAAUAAUCUGCCAUAAUAUUCACCAAUUGGUUUAUGUGACACAAAUCUCAUUCAUUCUAUGCAGAGCCUAAAGUGAAACUCUGUGGGGGAAAAAACUGGACUGUUACUGUAUAUCUUACCAUUACUUGAGGUUGAAAUUCAUCAACAUGUGUAUUUACUCUUUAUGAAAGAAGUAUGUGGCAACAGCCAUAGUAUGGAUGUAAAGAGUAGUUGCACUGUUAAUAUGGUACGUUUUGUACAUGAGCAUACUACAGAGUGCUGCUGUCAACAUUUGGAGAAAAAAAUGUACGCAGUCAUGUCAUGUCUGUUUAAUACUUGAUUUUAGCAUGUUUCUAAUUAUGGUAUGAGUUAAAUGUUUUGCACAAUGUUAGCAUGUAUUGUAGUCUAUCAGGAAGUUAAGGCCAUGUGUGUUUCGGAGGAUCAGACUAGAUCUCCUGUCAUGAUCCAAACCUUUUUCCAUUUACUUCCACUACUGCUGGCCAGUGUGAUCCAUACUCGCAGAGCAUUACAGACCAGCAGAUGUGUGUCCUUUCAUUAUAGAACCAUGACACAUCGCAGCUGUAUUUCGGAGGUCGAGGUGUGUGUUCCCAGAUUCAUUUUUUCCAUUUUGGUUCUCUUGGAAUACCUAAUGGUCUUGAAGGGAGCUGCAGGCAUAGGCCACUAGUCUUUGGUGAAAAGGGUGCUUCGCCAAGGAGACAAAACAUUUUUAGCCCACAGAAACCUUUAAUUAUUAUUAUUAUUAUUAUUAUUAUUAUUAUUACUCCUCCUUAAAAGUCCCUCUACGCCAGUAUUUUAUUUUGCAGAUAUGUUUUUUUUUCUAAGCAAUGUAAUGGUGUUAAUUUUAUGUCAACUGUUUGUGUACCUGAAAUGAGUUGUAAUAAAGCUCGUCUUGGCACACAAGGUAUAAAACACAGAA